CAGGGCAGAGAGGGCACCAGCCCUCCUGGGACGCAAGCUGUUCGUGCUACUGGACGGCUCGCCGUCGCCGCCGACGAAAUCCAGGUCCAAGCCUGCCCCAUCUGUGCUUGAUUCGACUCCCUUCGCUUCACGGCGACGGUCAUACUUGUGGGUUGAGCGGAAAUGGGCAGUAUCGUUCUCGGAGAUGGGGCUCGGCUGCCAGCAUUCAGGGCUUCAGGCACUUGUUCAAUUGCCACAAGUUACAGUAGCUUCUUGCUGUUUGCCUAUGAAUACAAGAUCUAAUAUUUGUGUGAAUCGCCUUGGUGCAAAACAAGAAGAGUGGGGCCUGAGGUGUCAAGGGUGAUAAAGCCAUCUUAGCUCAAUCUCAACAGUGCAUUGGAGAAGGAAAUUAAUUCACUAAGCUUCGCGAACUGUAACACAUUUCAUCAUGUCCCAAGGAGAAGGCACUGGCUAUGAGUCAUAUAUGACACACCUGCAUAAUUUCAGCCGCGCAGGGAAUCUCCCAAAAGAACCUGAGGCGUCAGUGUCGCUCUGGACUGGUGGUUGCGUUCGCAUCAGCAUUAUGCACCUCGUGGAAGUUGAUAAGCUUCUGAGUCUUAGACACCUUUAUUUUCUUCUCUCCAUAUCAUGUUCGCAAGAGUUUCACACCUCAACUCUGAAGAAGCGAUCUGAUGGGGGUACGUUGCAGCGUUUAACCUUGGUGCCUUUAAUUCCUUUGCAAGAUCAUCGUUUCUGUUCUCCAAGUUUCUUCUUCUGUGCCACAGUAAAUAUAAUCCAUUUCUAUACUGAAGUGCCGGGGAAUCUCUUCUGUAAUAAAUCAUAAACUUUGCUGUACUUGAUUUUCUAGUCAUGACACCUUCUUCAGAUUCCCUGUCAUUUUUUGGGUGAAUAAAUAGACUUCUUUUUGAGGAAUAAAUAAAUAGACUUCUUAUAAAGUGCCAAAACUUAUAUUCUACCGAACUGUCAAUCCAUGAAGUUCCUUUCAAAGGAGAUAUGAUUGCCUUUGCCUCUGCAUUUGGUGGAUGCCUUGAUUGGAAAAGAUGCUUCAUCAUGCGCUGGGUGCAUUCAUCCAUCACUUCUGUUUACUGUUCAUUCAGUGAUGAAUGCUUGCUGGUCACUGGUGUCUCUAUAUGUACCGAUAGCUUUGAGGUUUCUUCUCCAGUCUCACCGUUUUCUGGUUGAGCUUCUUCGCUAAGUGGGCAGUGGCUUUUGAGGUUCUUCUCUACUUCUCUGCAUCCUCGCUGUCUGGUGGUGCUUCUCAUCGAAGUUGCAAUGGCUAGAAAUGGUAGUUCCCGCAUGAAGAAACCCUGUGAUUGUUGCAAAAGAUACUUGGACCACUUGGAUGAAAAGAAUCAACCUAUGAGCUAUUUCUUCAGGCGUAUGGAUGCUAAUUCUAAACAUAGCCUGAUCAUGCCAAACAGGUUUGUGAAGCGUUUUGCAGGAAAGCUGUCAGGGAGAAUCAAAUUGGAAUCUCCUAAUGGUACUCUGUACAAUGUUGAAGUCAUAGAGCGCUAUAAUAAGACAGUGCUUCAACGUGGAUGGGAGGCAUUUGUUGAUGCCAAUCACAUACAAGAGAAUAACUUCAUGCUCUUUCAUCACAUUGAGAAAUCUCGUUUCGAGGUUCUGAUCCUUGAAUCCGAUGGUUGUGAGAAAGUUUUUCCUUGUGCCGGAGUAAGAAACACCCCAAGUAUUCAAGAACGAAGGUUAGAUUCAGUUGAUAUUUCAAGCAGCUAUUCUCAUGACACCACAGAAUCAUCUGGAAGUCAAAGAUUUGCGAGGUGUCAGAGGAGUAGCUGCAGUCACCGUGGAAGAACUGCAAAUAUGGCUGCGACAUCCUCAUCAUUCGAGGAGUCAGGAGAAGAUGCUUCUUCUGAAAAUACAUCUUUUGAGUCUGAUAGUCUUGAGAUUGCCCCAAAGGCUGUUUAUGUUUUAUCAAGUAGAAGGUAUCUAUCUGAAGCACAAAGGAAGAAAGUAAUUGCGCUUAUCCAAGAAAUCAAACCUGAAAUCACUGUUUUUGUAUCAAUCAUGCGGAAGUGCAAUGUUCAAAGCUCAGGUUCAUACUUGGUUAUAUCUAAGGAAUAUGCAUUGGCACAUUUUCCACAUGAAACCACAUAUCUCACACUUCAGAGGCCAGGCAAAAGCAAGAAGUGGCAUCCCAGAUUCUACAUAAGAAAUGAUAGAAGAGUGUACAUGCUUAGAGGGCAGUGGUUAGACUUUGUGCGUGACAAUCACGUGCAGGAAGGGGAUAUAUGCCUCCUCCUACCAGAAAAGACUGGGAGAAAAUUCACGCUGACGGUCUAUCUACUUCGUGCAACAGAAACUCAUUCCAGUGCGGAGAUGGCUUCCCUAGUUCACAUUAAGGAGUCGACAGAUGGAGAACAUGUUUCCUCGGAGAGUAGCAGCAUGAAAGAAAAUUCUGACGGAUCCCUGAACAGCAAUGACUCUGGAGGUCCUUCUGACCCUCUCUACAUUGUACCAGCCAGGAGCUGUCUAUCUCGAUCUCAAAAGAGGAUCAUUGAAGCAAAAGUGCAAGCCAUCCAAUCUGAAGUUCCCAUUUACAUAGUAAUCAUGAAGAGCUCCAGCGUUGUUGUCUCUAAGCAGAUGCUAGAAUUUGGUGCACACUAUGCUGCUGCAUAUCUUCCUGCUAGAAAGCAAACCAUGGUGCUCCAGUGCAACGGGAAGAUAUGGAAUACCGAUAUGGUGAUUCGUAAUGGCCACAGGUUGUUUCUGCGCGGAGGAUGGCCCAAAUUUGUUUGUGACAACGGCCUGCGAGUUGGUGACAUGUGCCUGUUCGAACUGAAGAACGGGAGCAAGCUUACCAUGGAGAUCCAUGUUAUCUCCAGGGAGGAGUUUUAGUUUGAAUUGAAGCAGAAGGAAAUGGGGGCCCUGUUCGUUCUAUCGGAUAUUUUUCUUUUUCUUUUAUUUUGCAGUUUGAAGUUAGAGCGUGGUAGGGUUAAAAUAAGUUUGUCUGGCCAAUCUGGCCGUCCUGAGACUGAGGAACCCUGUGUGUUUGCUUGUUUUGGAUUAGUUCUACAUAAUUGAGCUACUAAGAACCGACCCUGUGUUUUCUGUACCAUAUGACUUAUCGAUUAUUUCUGUAUUAUUGAACUAACAGGGCUAUAUUAA